UUGGUAUAAGAUUUAAACUCUCUACUGUAAUGAAAGAAGUGGUAACGGAUAUCUAUUUGAAUUGUCUUUAUUAGCUUUUGCGCUUUAAGUGCAGUUAAAAUUCUCUAUAAAAAUGAAAGUAUUCAUAAAAGUUGAAAAUUGUUUGCUGUAACUAUGACUGUUACUAAGUGCACAUAAGAAUUUAAGACUAUAACACACAACGGAAUAUCUAUUCAAUUGAAUGUUGCUUUAAUUGUUUGUCAAAAAAUAAUUACAAGAAGAUUUGUUUAGUUAAAAAAAAAUUAACUAACAAACAAAAUAUAUAACUUAAUUGUUUUUUUAUUAAAAUGGCUACAAAGAAAAUGGACUUCAUAUGCUGCAAAUGUCAGGACCAAGACAAAAAAACUCUGGCCGAACAUUUCUGUGAGAACUGUACCGACUACCUCUGUGAGAAGUGUGUAGAGCUACACAAUGGUUAUUUCACAAAGCACGUGGUGUUGGGGCGUCGAGAUUUGAGGUGUUGGACCCCCAGAGGACACAAGGAGGGGGUUGAUGAGUGUGAGAAACACCCCGGAGAGGUGAUCAAGUUACACUGUGACGACCAUGGCAAUAUCUGCUGCCAAAUCUGUGUCUCCGUCCACCAUAGGUCGUGUAAGAAUGUGAGCCACCUGCCUGACGUUGCACGGGGAAUCCACACAAGGCGGGAGUUCCAGCGGUUACAGUCCACUAUCAAUGAGUUGAGCAACAGGCUUAAUCAGCUGAAACUGGCCAGGAAGAAAACACGGAACUCCCUGUCUAACUCCUGCCGAAAGAUUGUGGCUGAGAUAAAAGAUUUGAGAAAGACGAUCAGUGAGGCUCUCGACAAGCUUGAGCAGGAAACAAUUACUGAGAUAGAAGCAGUGAAGAUAAGGAUGGAUAAAUCCAUUCAGGAUGACAUCGACCACUGUGUUGUUCUGCAUGCAGAAAUGAAGUUGUUGCUUAAUGAUAUAGAAUCUGAAGACAGCCAAAAUGAAGCUCUCUCUUACAUAAGUUUCAAGAAGUGUCAGGACAAAAUUGCUCUUAUGAACAAUAUUACGAAUAAGCCUGCUUUGGACAUAGCCUUCAAACCUUAUACCAACCUGUUGGAGAGCAUUAAAAGUUUAAGAUUCCUUGGUGAAAUACAAGAAACCUGUCAUAACAACACAGCUAGUGGACCAGAUGAAGCGAUAAAGGUUUCAAAGAGAAAGACCUACUAUGUUGGCGCUGAAGAUGAUAAAGAAACGUGCAGAAUAAGUGGGAUCUGUGAGCUUAAUGAUGGAAGAGUUGUCACCCUUGAUAGUCAGAACUGCAAAGUGAAGCUCCUUAAUGGUAACCAUGAAGUCGAAGACCAGUACGAAAUACCGUCUCUCCCUUUUGACAUGUGCCACACUCUGGAAAAUGAAGUGGCUGUAGCUGUGGACAGUGAUGAAGACAAGAGACAUGAAAUACACUUCAUCGGUGAAAAGGGAGGCAAGUUGGUUAAGACAAGGACAACACUGACACUGAAUAACAACUGUGUGUCACUGUGUUAUAGCCAGGGUCAGCUGUAUGUCGGGUCAGGGACAGCUCUGUACGUUUACACCUUGGAUGGAAAGUUGUUACAGAAAAUUUAUGAAGACUGUUCAAGUCAUGACACUGUUAGCAAAUGUGCGGUAAGCUUAGAUGGAGCAAGGAUCUAUAUACUAGAUUUCUACAAGUAUAAAUUGGUGACUCUAGACAAAGACGGCAAUGUGCUAUCUGUCCUUGAAGAGAGUGAUCUGGAGUGCCCAAGUGCGCUUUGUGUCAAUGACAGAAAUGGCUGUUUGUAUCUGUGUAGUCGAUUCGCUGACAAAGUAUUCCAAGUGGACAGGGAAGGAAGGAAAAUAGUGGCCACAAUCGCUCGUAAAGCAGACGGCAUUGCUGGUCCAAUGGCCGUGUAUUACAGCAAGAACUUGGCCAGUCUAUUUCUCGGCCUUGGUGGUCUCUAUGGCAACAACAAUAUUCUUGCACUUAAGUUGGCUUAGACACUUGCCAAGGUUAUAAAAACUAUGCAGUGACACGUGAAAUCAUAGUAUGAGACAUCUUGCAAUUGCCAUAAAGCAACAGUUUUGAAACCUAUAGUUUUAUGAUGCAAUUAUUAUUGUAUUAAUCAGAUUUGUUACAAAAAUACAUAUUCACAUGUACCAUAAUCUUCAUUAAACAUUUAUAAAGAU